AUGAAUAAUGUAGCUGAAUAUGAAGCAUGUGCUAUGGGAAUUCAAGCAGCUAUAGAGUCAAAGAUUAAAAUUCUCGAGGUGUAUGGUGACUCAGCUUUGGUCAUUCACCAGCUGAAAAGUGAAUGGGAAACUCGAGAUGCCAAAUUGAUCUCUUAUCAAGCCUAUAUUAGAGAAUUGGUGGAGUAUUUCGAUGAAAUUACUUUCCAGCAUAUUCCUCGUGAGGAGAAUCAAUUGGCUGAUGUUUUAGCCACUUUGUCAUCAAUGUUUGUAAUGAGUCAAAAGGAAGACAUGUCGUUCAUAAAGAUGCAACAACUUUAUUAUCCUGCCUAUUGUCAAAUGAUUGAAGAAGAAUCUAAUGGUAAACCUUGGUAUCAUGACAUUAAAAAUUUCCUACAACACCAAGAAUACCCAUCAAAUGCAGCUGAAAAUGACAAAAGGACAUUGAGAAAAUUAGCAAUGAGUUUCUUUCUGAAUGGAGAUGUGCUUUACAAAAGGAAUGAUGAUAUGGUUCUGCUCAGAUGUGUGGAUGCUUUAAAAGCACGAAAGAUCAUGGAAGAGAUCCAUGAAGGUUCAUUUGGGACUUAUGCCAAUGGACAUGCCAUGGCAAGAAAGAUUUUAAGGGCUGGAUAUUACUAG